AUGUCAUUUGUUAGAGAUUUGAUCGACACAUUGGCUCCAACUACAGCUUAUGCUGAAGAGCCUAAGGAGGCUAUCGAGGUUGCUGAAGAGACCGUCAUUAAGAAGGAUGGAGAAGAUGACGAUGAUGAUGAUGACGACGACGAUGAUGACGAUGAUGAUGAUGAUGACGAUGAUGACGAUGACGAUGAGCCUGUCGAUCCUAUGGAGACUUUAAGAGACGAGUGUUCAAAGACGGCUAGCUGUGUGCCUCGCGUUCAAGCUUACCAGGCAUGUGUCGACAGAGUCACCAAAGAGCAAGAAGACCCAGGUUAUGAAAAGGAAACCUACAAGGAGGACUGUAUCGAAGAGUUCUUCCACCUUCAGGAGUGUAUCAACGAAUGCUCUGCACCAAAACUAUUUUACAAGUUGAAAUAA